CCCAUUGGCCACGGGCGGGACCGACAUCCGGUGUGUACGUCGUGCCUGCUGGGGUGAGGCCGCCAUGGUGCGCUUCAAGCACAGGUACCUGCUCUGCGAAUUGGUGUCUGAYGACCCUCGCUGUCGCCUGAGUCUGGAGGACCGAGUGCUGGGCGGUCUUUUUCGGGACACGAUUGCCCGCGUACACGGGACUUUCGGCGCAGCCGCCUGCUCUGUUGGUUUCGCGGUUCGAUACAUCAAUGCUUAUACUGGAAUAGUGCUACUUCGGUGUCGAAAAGAAUUCUAUCAGCUCGUGUGGUCAGCUCUUCCUUUCAUUACGUACUUGGAGAACAAAGGACACCGUUAUCCUUGUUUUUUCAACACCUUACAUGUGGGAGGUACAAUUAGAACUUGUCAGAAGUUUCUGAUUCAGUACAACAGGAGACAGCUGUUGAUCCUGUUGCAGAACUGCACUGAUGAAGGAGAGCGGGAAGCCAUCCAAAAGUCUGUCACAAGAAGCUGUUUAUUAGAGGAUUCUGGUGAGGAAGAGCUUUCAGACAGUGGUGGUGAAGAGGCUGCUGAAGCAAUGGAGUGAACUUCUGCUUACCACACAGAAGGCUGUUCAGGCCUACUUGUGGAAACAGAACAUUCUAGGAGGCACAGCAUCUACAUAUAGUUCUCCAAACUGGAAGACUACCAACCAGAAGACAAGUAACCAGCUUGAAAUGGAGGACUUAAGUUACCUUUAUGUAACAUCCCUUGGAUCCUGGUCUGCAGGUUGUAAAGGCUCUCUAGUUACAUUUUUGUAUCUAAUUGCUUGGUUAAACAAUGCUAUAAAUUAUAAAAGGGCUUACAGAAUUCAUGUGUGGCCAAGUCUCCCCAUCUACAACCUGACCUUGGUGAGAAGACUAACUCCCUCUGUGGUAUUUAUUUUAGCCUUCCACUUGAGGCUUUGUACUCUCAACCCCCAAAUUGGAUCUUAAGCAAAACAUGUCACCUGAAGUAGAAAUAUUAAGACAGCAACUAAACUUUGUACAGACCUAUAGCUAAUCUAAUCUUGGCUUUAUAAAUACCAGAUUCCUUCCCAAUAUUUAAUCAGGUGACUUGAUAAUACAACUUUUGCACUUUGGAGACUGGCCUCACUUGCCCUCAUUAUUUACAUGGCCCUAGAACAUCUGCCAAAUUCCGUUUUCUACAGUUCCACUCUUUUCCUGUGGCCUUAAACGUAACACCAGAAGAGACUGCCACACUCACAGGAAGGAGUAAAAGUCUUGUGACCACAUUUAGCCUGCUACCUCCUAAUGACAUCUCUAGGAUCUCUUUUCUCCAUAAUAAAAGGAUACAGAAGUUU